UCUCGGCUUUCCACGCUUCAUAUAAAGUUCCUCUUUUCCCCCCCGCAGGGUAGUAGUUUCACCACUUUUAGCUUUGGGACCCAACACCAGCCUUCUCUUCUAAGGCUGGGGACAGAGUUCGGGGCCGGGACAUUUGCGAGAGGCAUAGAAGAGGCAGCGUCGGCCUCAGGAGCGGCACCCAAGAGACCCGGCUCUCGGGGCAUGAACUUGGAGGGAGGUGGUGGCAGUGGAGGCGGUGGCAGCAGCAACAGCAGCGAGUGCGGAAUGAGUUCUGUGAGUUGCGGCAACGGCAAACUCCGCCAGUGGCUGAUCGAUCAGAUUGACAGUGGCAAGUACCCGGGCCUCGUGUGGGAGAAUGAGGAGAAAAGCAUCUUCCGCAUCCCCUGGAAACACGCCGGCAAGCAAGACUACAACAGAGAGGAAGAUGCUGCCCUCUUCAAGGCUUGGGCCCUCUUUAAGGGGAAAUUCAGGGAAGGUAUUGACAAACCAGACCCUCCAACCUGGAAGACAAGGUUGCGCUGUGCUCUCAACAAGAGUAAUGACUUUGAAGAGUUAGUUGACAGAAGCCAAUUGGAUAUCUCAGAUCCAUAUAAAGUUUACAGAAUUGUUCCUGAAGGGGCCAAAAAAGGAGCUAAACAACUGGGCUUGGAGGAUUCCCAGAUAAUUAUGAACCACCCUUUCCCAAUGCCUCCUCACUAUACAUCACUACAAACUCAGGUUCCAAACUAUAUGAUGCCCCAUGACCGUAAUUGGAGAGAUUUUGUUCCGGAGCAGCCUCACCCAGAAAUCCCCUAUCAAUGUACAACUGUCCCUUUUGGACCUCGAAGUCACCAUUGGCAGGGCCCUGCUUGUGAGAAUGGUUGCCAGGUGACAGGCACCUUUUAUGCUUGUGCGCCACCUGAGUCACAGGCUCCUGGAAUACCCAUAGAGCCAAGCAUAAGAUCUGCUGAAGCCCUGGCCCUCUCAGAUUGCCGGCUCCAUAUCUGUUUAUAUUAUCGUGAAAUACUGGUGAAGGAGAUAACCACCUCAAGCCCUGAAGGCUGUAGGAUAUCUCAUGGCCAGAGUUAUGAUGCCAGUACCCUGGAUCAGGUUCUCUUCCCCUAUCCAGAGGAUAAUGUCCAGAGGAAAAACAUCGAAAAAUUGCUGAGCCAUUUGGAAAGGGGAGUCAUUCUCUGGAUGGCACCCGAUGGGCUGUAUGCUAAGAGACUUUGUCAAAGCAGGAUCUACUGGGAUGGACCCUUGGCACUAUGCAGUGACCGUCCUAAUAAGUUGGAAAGGGACCAGACCUGCAAACUUUUUGACACACAACAAUUUCUAUCAGAGUUGCAAGUGUUUGCCCAUCAUGGUCGCCCUUCACCAAGAUUCCAAGUAGCUCUGUGCUUUGGAGAAGAAUUUCCAGACCCCCAGAGGCAAAGGAAGCUUAUCACAGCUCACGUUGAACCAUUACUAGCCAAACAGCUCUAUUACUUUGCUCAGCAAAAUAGUGGACAUUUUCUGAGGGGCUUUGAUUUACCAGAACAUAUUACCGGGCCAGAGGAUUAUCAUCGACCAAUUCGACAUUCUUCCAUCCAAGAAUGAAAGUGCUGAAAGCAAGUUUUUAAAAUUGCAUCUCAACAAAUGACUUAAGAAGAAAGGCUAUGAAACUUUUUCCCCCUUUCUUUUCUUGAGGAAGACAGUAUUAAUGAAACAAUUUCGGAAAAAUCUCAGCUUCUUUGUGACUAAAUGAAAAGAUAUAUUAGACUGAAAAAUGGACUUGUUCCAAAAGGACACAUAGCCAUGAAAAGUUUUCUGGACUGUCCAUUGAGUUAUUCUGGUCUCACAAGGAUUCCGUUGUCAUUGGAAAUAACUGUGAAAACCGACCAAAUGACAUGUUUACAUUUACUAAAAUGUUAUCUUUGAUUUGAUGACGGUUAUUUCUUGUUGAAGAGGAAAAUACCACCUUUUCAGGAUUGAAAUUUAAUUUGGGAACAUAGCAAGAGCUAUUUAUGUGUUCUAAAUCUCAGGGAAGAUAAAUCUAUUCACAAAUUUUCUAUAUCCACAUAUUAACACAUUAAUUAGCUCACAUAGAAAUUAUAGCUCUUGCAUACAAAUUUUUGACCAGAAGGGAAAUAUCUUUGGGCAUAGGCUAGCUUAGGAAUGGCUCUUUCCUUGAGGAUCAUGGAUUCCAGUCUCAUAAGCCACCUCUUCCCCUCUUCUGAUAUCCUCUAGCAUCAUAAAUCAUUCCAUAAACUAAGAUCUUUCCUCUUGGCCAGCUUCCACUUCCUCCCCAGCUUAGAAAGAAAGUAAUAACAUUGGUUAAGAUAGGUAUAUAUACUUUCAGUAUUGUGUGGUGAAUAGGUAGAAUUAUGUGUGUGCUGAACAAUUUACAAAUAGAUGUUCAGCUUUUCCUCUUUUUAGGCUUUGAAAAAUGUUUUAAUACAUUCUUUAAGAAGUAGUCCAAUUGCUAAAGAUUUUUGAAACUCGUGACAUUUCCCCUCUUGUUUUGUUUGGUUUAUUUGGCUAUUAGUCAGUUGCCCAUGGUUACACUAACGAGGAGGAGCCAGGAUAGUCAAUGUGGUGACUUGUGUUAUGAAAAAUGAUGACAGGAUUGAACUUAUUGCAAACUCUGUGUUGUUUUCCCUUUUGUCUAGAUGUCACAUCCUUCCUUAUACCAACAAUUGUUUAACAGACGUUUAGAUUUGCUAUGUAUUGUCCAAUGGGUAGAUUAGGAAAUAUAUCUGCAAAGACAACUAGUUCCUUAAAUAGUUCUGGUAAAUUGUUUUGUUUAGGAAAAGUGAAAUGUGUGUUUCCCAGUCAAAAUAUGACUAGGGAAGUGUGAAAUACUGGAAAGAGUAUAGGACCAGGAGUGGGUAUAUUUCUAGUCCUGGAUCACCUGUUUCACUGUGGGCAAGUCAUCUCUCUUCUCUUGGCCUUGGUUUCCUCAUGUGUAAAAUGAAGGAUGUUGCCCCACUUCAUCCCUUCCUCCUAGUUCCCAGACCUUUGAUCCUAUGCUUUCCUAUGCCCAAUAAUUUUUUUGGUAGAUGCAAGCAUUGACUUGAACAUAUUCCACUUGCUACUGAGUGAGUCUGGACACACUCUGAGGGGUGUGGGUGUCUUUGUUUUAAUGAACUGUAGUGAUUUAUACAUCUUAUAGAUGUAAAAUAUUGUGGGGUAUAUUAUCCUAUUUGUAUAGAGAAGAACUGAUACAUUGUAUGCUUUUCUUUUUUAUUAUUUGUAAGACAAAGGAAGAUUCAGAAUCAAUCUUGAGGUCACAUCUCUGUUACCGGGAUAUGGUCUGUAUUUUCUUCAAGAUAAAAUGCUCGAUACAAAUUGAUCAUGUGAAGGCACUCAUAGCAUCCCUUUCAGUAUUAAGACAUAUAAUUCCUACUUAAUUUAAUCUUGAAGUCAGAUGCUUGAUUUCAGUAAAUGAUGUGGUUUCAACAUGAGGAUUUUAAAACAUUUUCGAAAUCUGUAUUGUCACCACUCUAAUGCUUUUAGAGCGGCCAGAUUUCUGGAAGAUGCUCAUUGGUCUGGAAUCACUUCCUCUUUGUAACCUUGCUUUCUCUUGGUCUGACUUUUGGAAGGAAUAGGGCCUGGCACAGAGCCUAAAGGGUUAAGAGGGGACUUCAUUUAUUCACCUUUCCAUUAGUAAACCAGAAUCGAUAAACCAGAAUGGUAGCAGAAUCAGUCAGUGGCCAUAUUGCUCCUGACCAAAAAAUAUUGCAGGAAGGAAAUAAGCAUUUAUUAGUACCUACUGUGUGUCAGGUACUGUGCCAAAUACUUCACAAAUAUGAUCUCAUUUGAUCCUCGUAACAACCCUGAGAGGUAGGUACUAUUACUUAUUAGUGUCCUUAUUUUAUAGUUGAAGAAAUUGAGGCAGGCAGAGAUUAAAUGACUUGCCCAGGGUGACAUAGUUAGUAGUUUUCUACAACUGGAUUUGAAUUCAGGUCUUCCUAACCGUUGACCCUCCAAAGGGCUCUUUGCUUCCUGGUUUACUUGUUGAAUUUCUUGGGAUUUCAUAUGACAGUGACCUUUACCAACUGCUGGACAAGAGGCAAUCUUUUCUGAUAUAUUUCAGACAGGUCAGCUGAGGGAAGCUAGAAUUCCCUCCCUCCCUUUGGAAUGUUGCUUUGAGAAAUCGGAGCUGGACCAGAAUGGUCCAAUGAUCUAAUAGUAAAGCCAGAUGAUUGGAAGGAACAAUAUACCACAACAGUGGGAUAUGUCCAUGAUUGGUACCACACAACUACAUGCACUAAUAUAUCUGAAGCCUACAUUCAGAAUAGUCUGUUUUUGAGACACACAAACCCUUGGGGUUAGGUUUCCAGUACGUGUCACUCUAUGAAAUGCCCAGUCUGAGCAUCCCUAACAUUAUUCUGUAAUCAGGGCUUCUGAACAUUCUGAGCUAGCUUGCCAGCAAACUACAUGUGCAGGCUUACCAGUAAGGACUCCUGGCACUGAUAUUUGCUUUAGCAAAAGACACUUAUCUUUCCCAUUCUUAAGCAGAAGUGUAGAGUGAAACACUGUUAAAUUGUGGAGGAGGAAAAAAUAGAAUGACAAAGGUUAUAAGGAAAUAGAAAGGCCAGCGAUAAUGAGUGAAAGGCUCUACGUGCCAUCCCAGCCUCCACAACUUAAAUGUGAGUUAACAAGGCAGGUGACAGAAAGUAAGUAAUCCAAGAAAGACUUUCUAUUGGCUAAUAUUCCAGAAACUCUUGUGUAUAAGAUUGGCGACAUGGAGCUGUUUUGGGGGGCACAUAUCUUUGUAUAUAAUUGUUUCAUUAAUUUUGUUGUAAAUUGAUCAGAAGGGGUGGCAUUUAUAAUACUCUUCUAUUGUUUUAAAUAGUUUAUUGCCAAUAAAGAAAUUUUUACAGAUUGA